UCCCUCUCCAGACCGGUUCCAGACUUGGCCUCGAUCGGGUGUGUUGUAGCAAAAGUGCGUUCGCAUGCAGCCGGGCACCAUGCCCUCGGCCCAGGAUUACUAGUGCUACUACGAGACACCGUCAUGUGCGCCCCAAGCUUGAUUGUGUGUUUCUGGACAACCGUGCUACUUGUUGCGCAACAAGGAUGUACGGAGUCAGAUGGUCCGGUGUACGUGGCUCCCCGCGCAGAAGCUUUAACGGAGGCGGAGACACGGACGCAGACAUCUCUACCGACGGUCACCGUCAGAGGGUUUCUCAACUUCCGUACCACUGUGGACGGUACCGUCAUCGUCUUCACGCCUGCGUCGGACGCACCGAAGACGGAUAAGCUGCAGACAACUAACGUACUGGGCUUCGAGAUUGUGGGCGGUGAGCCUGCCAACGAGGUGUUGCCCCCGACGCAGUUGAGCAAGACGUCGCCCCCGGAGCCGUCCAAGACGACGCCUUCUACGUCAACCAGCAGACCCCAAUACCCGACAGGACUUGUUACAGUCCUCGGCGGGACACAUGUACAAGAAGGAGCAACGACAAUACACGAAACCAAAGUGAUCGGCACCUACAUCGACGGGAAAUACGCUCAGAUACUGCAAAGCACUUCUAGGAUCAUCCAUGCCUCGUCCUCCUCUUCUGAAGUCGUGAAGCCGACGGCUGCGUUCCGUGCCCCGGAGUCCACACCGGCACCAAAAGUAUCGCCCAGUGUUCGGCGGACGCCUCGUCCUACGCCCAAACGGGUGCAGAGCCAGAGCAGCACCGUACUGCAGUCUUCCUUCAAGGAACCCGAGUCGACGACCAGAGCGUUGCCCCAUCGGUCGACGCAGUCCUUGCGCACGUUCAAAGCCCGCACCACCCAUUCGACCCACGACAUCUCUGAUUUGGACGAGAACACCAUUGUUGUGACCCGCAGCAGGCUGCAUCGUGGUGGUACACGGCUACGCUAUGUACCUUCCAGGAACACUCAAACGGUACGACUCAACCGCUUCAAGGUGCGUUUAACAGCACGCCCAGAACAAAACCACGAAGACAGACUGAGCGAUUCGCCGGAACACGAACACGAGGACGAAGACGUGGACCCGCUAAUCACGGCGGGCCAACAGGCCACUAUCACGAGCCUCGUGACAUUGCACGCGGGACAGAGGAAGUCCGUGCGUACUCUCACCCUCACAACCUCCGUGCAUCCGACGCUCGAGCCUUCGGAGCUGCUGUCCAACGGGAUCGUGGAAGGAAUAAUGUCAACUCCAGUGCCCGAAGAGACGCCACCGCUCGUCGUAUCACGGGUCUACUCUACCAUGGAACACACGUGGCGUACUUCCCUCGUGCCAGUGUUUGACGGCCUCGUCACAACGACGCACACUGUGACGGAGAGUUUCAUCAUUCGCAAGAUCGUGACAGCGUACACGACCAUGCCACCAGGAGAUCUGCUUGUCCUCGACGACCACAAUGACACCCUGGCCGAUGAAGACUCUGAGCAGUAUUUCCAGACGCUGCUGCAGGGCAUUCCGCCGAGCAACUCUCUUCGUACCCGAAGUCCGUCCAGCCUGGAGGCCUCGUAUCUGGCACUACCUUCCAAUGGAAACCUACAGUUGUCCAAUAAUCCUCUUAUCUCCUUGGGACAAGCUUUCCAAAACAAUCCCUUGGCUGCCGUCUACUUAGGUUUGCAGCAGCUCAAUCAGCAGAUAACGCUCUACUCGACGGUCACCCAUACAACUGUAUACACGACGACGGACACAGUUUUUAGUACAAAGGUAGUGAAUUUCUAUGACGGGCGGCGCACUCGGUCGAGGACGCUAUCGGAAUCGUUGUCGACGACUGAGAGGACUUUGACCAGCUACUCGACCGCGGUCGUGCCUUACCUCAACACGCAGGCCCUUCAGCUACAGCAACUUCAGCAACAGCAGCUUCAGCAGCUCAUUGCCACACAACAACCGCCCCAGUUCUCAACUGUGACCUCCACUUACACAACAGUUACAGUGGCCACUAGUUACAGCUCCAAGAUAUACACUCUCAUCUACAACGCGUUCAGUACACGCUACCGUACCGUUACCAGUACCGGUACUUAUCCGACUACUGUGACCAUUACGUCUACGUCCUCAUUCCAGAUCCAACCGACGGCACAAUUACUGCCCCCUCAAAUUGCUCCGGCGCAGUUGCUCAGUGUGUGAGACAUACAUGAAAAGUUCCUGGGUUACUGUGGAACCUCGUUCAAAGCGACGCCACCCGCAACAGAAAACCAACCAAUACCUGGGUCGGGUUACCAAAAGCAAUAGGGGUGCCAAAAUGUCCGCACUUGUUGGUUGUCACAAUCCAACAAGCCUGACCAUUGCUCACUAAGGAACAUCUUCGAGUAGGGAACAUUGUGCAAAACAGCUUUUGGGAAGCGGCACUGCUCAGUGGAGUGAAGUAUAUCGUCUUUGAUUGUAACGAGGUUCUACUGUAGGAAACUGUGCACGAAAAAAAAAAAAAGCUCAAUGGCAACUACGCGACCGUGUCGCCCUAUAAGGGACAUUCCGUGAGUCUCCGCCGUCCAGCGGCUGUCGGGUAUGCACUCUAUAUUUGGCCGUUGAUGUGGAGUCGAACGUGCAACGUUCACGUGAUCAGUAGUGUCGUGGAGCUUCUGAGUCUGUGCACAGAACUAUACGUAUGUUGAAGAAUCACUGUGAUCGGGAGAAAUUCCGUUCGAGCGAUAUUCUCUCAAAUUUGGUUUAGUAUUCGACGCUAUUGAAAUCUUUCACGGCGACGAUUUGAGCCUCCACAGACUUGUUUGUGAUACCUUCCGUUACACUGAAGUGAAUACAGCCGAAGCACCGGAGCCAACUUAUUUAUUCUCGAAGUGGUACAACAGUGGAUGAUAGCUGUGUGACUGUCUUUUGUCGCUGGUUAAACAUCGCUAGUGUGAAUUAAAAAAUCUUCACUUUUGUUCAUAAGACUGUUCCUGUUGUUUUUCUGUACUGGCUGUUGAUGUAAAAUAAACGUAUUUUUAUCCCAUA